AUGAGCGGCUUUGAUGCGGUUUUUUUAAGCAAACGUGAAUUCCAAGGUGUCCGAAACAUUUUUGAGCUCAUGGCAUUCUUUUUGACGCUACUUCCCGAUUACAUCUCUCGACUAUCCUUCUCUACGCUGUCUCUCGACGGUGCCUCCCAGCUGUCACCUCUCAGUUCGGUGCUUAACGACACAUUUAUUUUGAUGCUUUUCUCCGAGGCUGCAAUUUCGGGUUUUAUUUUUCGGCGACAACUUGCGACGACCAAGGACUAUCACGGGCAAGUCAAUGACUUUGGCGACGAGGAUAAACCGAUCUGGGCGAUCUUUAGUAGUUAUUCAUAA